AUGGCAAUUCAAGUUCAAUCCGAUAUCCGGUCGGCAAUUCUAUUUGCCACCGCCUUCCAUCACAACCGCCACCACCACCACUCCCACAGACCGUCUAUGUCUUGCUCUCUUAUAUUCCGCCGACUUUCUCUCCCGUGCCGGAGCUUAUUUUCCGUUAAAGUUAGAUCGUUCUCAGCACUGACUGAGAAGAGUAGCUCAACUACUGACGCCGACGAGAAGAAGCUUCCGACUAAGCCGUCCAUAUGCACCGCCGAUGAGCUUCAUUACGUCACCGCCAAGAAUUCCAAAUGGAGGCUCGCUCUCUGGCGUUACAUUCCUCCUCCUCAGGCUCCGAAGAGGAAUCAUCCGCUGCUACUGUUGUCAGGAGUGGGCACUAAUGCAAUUGGAUAUGACCUCGCUCCUGGGUCUUCGUUUGCCCGUUACAUGUGUGCACAAGGUUUUGAUACCUGGAUCCUAGAAGUACGAGGAGCGGGUUUGAGCACUGAAGAAAUGGAUUCUAAAGAUAUCGAAAAAUCUGCUCAUGCAAUUUCUGAUAAAAUGGAAGAGGCCGCUGAGAAUGCAACAGAUGGGCUAUGUUCAGUGCAUGAGCAAUCUACUGAUGGACAAAAGUCCUUAGUAGAAUCCGGAGCUGCUAUGGCAAAUGAAGAUAGUAUGGGACUUGCUACAGCUUGGGAUGAAUCGAAAUUGGUAGAAAAAUUAACUGAUACUUUUAUGAGCCUAUCAGAAAGACUCUCUGGCUUCCUAAAUGAGAGGCAGUCUAGUAUCAUGUCUGCCAAGUUGUUUGAUCAGCUAUCUAAACUUUUUGAAGAUUCCUUUCUGUUUGAACGCUUUAAUGAAGUAAAGGGAAAGCUAUUAAGUUUACUGGAAACAAGACAAAAUUCUAGUGUCGCUUUGCAGAUUAGGGAAUUGAGUCAAAAGCUUGUAAAUAUAGUUGAAGAGGGCCAACGUUCGGUUUCACCUCAAUUAUAUGAUAUGCAAGAGCGUCUGGCUGCAACAGUGGAAGACUUCCAGAAACAACUGGAACUGAUCAUCAAAUAUGACUGGGACUUUGAUCAUUACCUGGAGGAGGAUGUUCCUGCUGCGAUGGAAUAUAUAAGAAGUCAAUGUGGACCUGCAGAUGGCAAGCUUCUAGCAACUGGACAUUCUAUGGGAGGCAUAUUGUUGUAUGCUAUGCUAUCAAGAUGUGGUGCUGAGGGAAGGGAGUCUCCAUUCGCUGCUAUAGUUACUUUGGCCUCAUCUCUUGAUUACACAUCUUCUAAUUCAACACUGAAAUUAUUACUGCCCCUUGCUGAUCCAGCACAGGUUCUUAAUGUGCCGGUUGUUCCUUUAGGAGCCUUACUGUCGGCUGCAUAUCCUCUUUCAUCUAGCCCCCCUUACGUUUUGUCUUGGCUCGUGGAUCAUAUAUCAGCUCAGGAUAUGAUGCAUCCAGAGCUGUUAAAGAAGCUUGUCUUGAAUAACUUCUGUACAAUACCUGCUAAACUUUUGCUGCAGCUAACCACAGCUUUUCGAGAAGGAGGUCUUCGUGACAGGAGUGGUACAUUUUUGUACAAAGAUCAUAUUCACAAGUCCAAUGUCCCCGUCUUAGCUCUUGCAGGAGACCGAGACUUAAUUUGCCCGCCUGAAGCUGUUUAUGAAACUGUGAAGUUGCUCCCUGAGGCCUUGGUAACCUACAAAGUGCUUGGAAAAGAUGAAGGUCCACAUUAUGCUCACUAUGACUUAGUUGGGGGCCGAUUGGCUGUUGAAGAGGUAUAUCCAUGCAUAGUCGAGUUUUUUAGCCGUCAUGAUCAGGUGUAA